AUGGCCACGAUGGACCCUGCCGACGAAGAGUGGGACUGGGGCGAGGCCACCCGAAGAACAUCACUCUUAGUGUUUCCUGCCGAAGAUCCACCCGAGCUGGGAGAGAUGUACGUGACAGGGAACGGUUCUAGGUACCGGGGUGGGUACGUUGUGGACAAAGACGGCCUAUGCGUUCCUGUCGCAGAGGCGCCGAAGCUUCUGCGGAAGGGAGCUGCCUCAAACCUGCUCCCAACUCCGGCACGCGCGAAGAGCGGGGCCAACGAAGAGGAGGAAGCAGAAAGCCCAGGAAGUGUCAAAGGCAAAGGCAAAGGAAAGGCCAAAGGAAAGAAGAAAGCCACCGAGGAGGAGGAGGAAGCAAAGGAGGAAGGCUCUCCAGGAAGUGCCAGCAAAGGCAAAAGAAAGGUCAAAGGAAAGAAGAAAGCCGCCGAGGAGGUUGAAGCAGAAGAGGAAGGCUCUCCAGGAAGUGCCAGCAAAGGCAAAGGAAAGGCCAAAGGGAAGAAGAAAGCCACCGAGGAGGAGGAAGCAGAGGAGGAAGGCUCUCCAGGAAGUGCCAAAGGCAAAGGAAAGGCCAAAGGAAAGAAGAAAGCCGCCGAGGAGGAGGAAGCAGAGGAGGAAGGCUCUCCAGGAAGUGUCAAAGGCAAAGGAAAGGCCAAAGGAAAGAAGAAAGCCGCCGAGGAGGAGGAAGCAGAGGAGGAAGGCUCUCCAGGAAGUGCCAGCAAAGGCAAAGGAAAGGCCAAAGGAAAGAAGAAAGCCGCCGAGGAGGAGGAAGCAGGGGAGGAAGGCUCUCCAGGAAGUUCCAGCAAAGGUAAAGGAAAGGCGAAAGGAAAGAAGAAAGCCGCCGAGGAAGAGGAAGAGGAGGAAGGCUCUCCAGGAAGUGCUAAAGGCAAAGGGAAGGCCAAAGGAAAGAAGAAAGCCGCCGAGGAAGAGGAGGAGGAGGAAGCAGAGGAGGAAGGCUCUCCAGGAAGUGCCAACAAAGGCAAAGGAAAGGCCAAAGGGAAGAAGAAAGCCACCGAGGAGGAGGAGGAUGAAGCAGAGGAGGAAGGCUCUCCAGGAAAGGCCAAAGGCAAAGGAAAGACCAAAGGAAAGAAGAAAGCCGCCGAGGAGGAGGAAGCAGAGGAGAAAGGCUCUCCAGGAAGUGCCAGCAAAGGCAAAGGAAAGGCCAAAGGGAAGAAGAAAGCCACCGAGGAGGAGGAAGCAGAGGAGGAAGGCUCUCCAGGAAGUUCCAGCAAAGGAAAAGGAAAGGCGAAAGGAAAGAAGAAAGCCGCCGAGGAGGAGGAAGCAAAGGAGGAAGGCGCUCCAGGAAGUGCCAGCAAAGGCAAAGGAAAGGUCAAAGGAAAGAAGAAAGCCGCCGAGGAGGUUGAAGCAGAAGAGGAAGGCUCUCCAGGAAGUGCCAGCAAAGGCAAAGGAAAGGCCAAAGGGAAGAAGAAAGCCACCGAGGAGGAGGAAGCAGAGGAGGAAGGCUCUCCAGGAAGUGCCAAAGGCAAAGGAAAGGCCAAAGGAAAGAAGAAAGCCGCCGAGGAGGAGGAAGUUUCUCCGAAGGGCAAGCCACCAGUCAAGCGCAGACUGUCCUGGAACGACGAGCACACAGGUUCCCUGGAGUUGGCGCACAGGUGUGAGACGCCAGACAGCCGUCGAUCGGGCAGGAACCAGCUCGCCAUCGUCGACUGCAGCAAGCUGAAUAUGAUCGACUUGACCAAGGAGCAGUUUAACAACCCACUGGCGGCUUUGCCGCCUAACUUCUCCUACGACAUUGUCGGAUCCCAAGUUCUUUUCGUCAGGAAAAAGAACAUCGAAAGCUGCGAGCUGUUUGGCGAGUUCCUGGAGUAUGCCAAGAAUGGGUCGCAGGAAUUUAAGUGGGACAUGGGAUCCAAGGCAGAUCCUACAGAAAGCUUGCAAGUCUACAACGCUUUCCUCCUUGAGAUGAUGGCCAAACCAGGCACGGUGGUGGCUGCAUCUGAGACAGCCAGUGCAACACCGCCAUCGAUUCUGAAGCGAGGCCACUCGAGUCUCAGCGUGGUCAGCGAUGGUUCGGGGCCUAUCAACAUGAGUCCCAUCGGGAUCAAGAAUGAGGAGGGCAAGACAAAGGCCAAAGUUGGUACCAAGCUGUCCGGCGUGGCAUCGGUGCCACGCAACCGAGCAGCUCGAUCAGCGCUGGCAGAAACGUUGACAGCUCGUGCCGCAGACAUGUCGAAAGACAUCACCGAACCCCAUGGAGGGGGCAAAGACACGAAAGAGAGAAAGCCACCGAAGGCUCCGGAACACCUGUCUUGCAUCCGCUACGAGCUUGUUUACUUACAUGCCACAUGUGUCCACACCGUCCAUGCCAUCAUGUCGCAGGAGUUGACCCCGGAGCAGCAGCAACAGAAGGAAUUCGACAAGGACAUGGCUGCGCUGCACUCAUUGGCCACGAAGAGCAGGAAUGUCGCGAGGGCCAUCCACGAUCACGGGAUGCCUUUGCAGGAGGCUUGUGCCGUUGAGCCAAACAAUCAGGACAUAUCAAGAUAA